AUUGUAUGUUUUAAAAGUUGUUUGGGUCUUUGUUGCUUUUUUUAUUUAGGUAGGUAGGUAAAGUUCAGUUUUCGAUUGGUCCAUUUCAUUUUAUGUAAGUGGAAUUUGCCAAAGAUUAUAAACAGUUGGACUAAAAAGCUACUUUUCUUGUCCACUUAGUUAUUUUUUAAAAUAAAUUAAAAUAUCACUUCCAUAAAGCGUGACCAUUUGACCAGUUUUUCUAGAUAGAAAGUUUUGCAUAUCAAUCCAAAAUAUUUUCAAAUACAUAAAAUGGAAAAAUCAAUGAAAAUGCGUUCCUUGUUUAGACCACAGAAAUCACAGGAAUAAUUAAUAUUCAGUUUAAACCUGCCCAGAAUGUGCUUUAUGGGAUAUAUUCCCUGUAAAAAUCUAAUUUAAUAUGAUAUUUAUCUGAUAUUCUCCAUCAGCCUUUUUCCAAUUCAAGUCACCAUAAAUAGAAAACCAGAACAUUUGCAAUGUGGCAAUAUUAUUAUCUACAAGGAUACUCCAGAUAUGUUUAUUACAAAAUUUUAAGACAUCCAAAUCACCAACGAAGGUAUUCCUUCUCUAAUCUGAUGACUGACUUGUGACAUCAUGAGAAUUUCUCAGAACCUGCAAAGCUGAAAACCAUCUUUUUAUUUUAUUUAUAACUUUAUUGACAAAAUUGAACUUACAACAGGUUUACUGUUUCAGCAACAGUAACAAGGCAAUGUAUGCUCAAGAUAGUACACAGAUAAUAUUACAUCAAUAAAGAAAGAAAACGCAAAAGAAAAAAUAAACACAAUAAAAUAAUCAAAUUUGUUACAUAAGGCUCCAGUUUUCAGAGCUGUAGAGUUUGUGCAGUAUUUCAAGUGUGUCCAGGUAGGACUUUAAUUAGGACAUGAAGCGACAGUAAGGUUGGGUUUACUGGCGUGUAUGUGAAAUUUUGCUAAUAAAGAAAUAAGAUUAUUAUUUUACCUUUAUUUUUACCAGGAAGUCCCAUUAAGAUCAAAAAUCUCUUUUACAAGAGAGACCUGGUCAAGGUAGCAGCUGUACAAAAUCAAAAUGCAACAUAGACAUCGUGAUAAACAAAAAUUCACAAUAAAACAGAGGAACAGCUAUUCAAACACAACUUCAUCCCUCCAUCACCACAUUCUUUAUGAUGCCCUGAAAUUCAUCAAUGGAUAUAAAUGUUUUUCUUUUUGCAGAUUUACAGACACGUUUUCUUGACAGGCAUUUCAUCAGCAAAAAACAAACAAACCCUGAGCUGAGUUGAGUAUCUAAUUUUUGGUAAAAAAAAAAAAGAAAAAAAAAAGGUCACAGCCUACCAAAAAGUCUGACUAAAGGUACAGUCCCAAAAAAAGCUGAGUUAUCAUUUCAUCUGUGUGGUGACAGAAGGAACCAAGAGGGUCAACAUUUAGCCUGCAUUUUACAAUAACUGGACAACACCUGUGCAUUAUUUUCAGACACCUCUUGCACCUUAUUUGAAACAAAAAACAAACAGACAAAAAAUCCUGAGUAAUAACCUUGUUUUUUCCAGUCUAUCCCAAUAUACAGAUUAUUCUAAACAAAUGCUAACUGUGCCCAUCUGGAUUAUUUCCCUUAUGAUUCAUUAUUAGUUUGUAUUUAUAUAGUUUUUAUAUGUAUAAUUCUGGUGAAGUAGUGCUGAAAACCAUCUUCAUCUUCAUCUUCAUCGUGUCUCCAAAAAGCUCUCUGACGUCAGAGGAGCGGAGGCUGUGCUGCGUGCGCGUUCAUGACCUAAAUGUGAACCGUCCUCUCUGACGUCACCGCCCUCUGAUCAUCCGAAAUCCCUGAUAACGCGGUGCGCGCUCCCGCUCUGCUCUGCUCUGAAUGGGGGCUCAGUCCAGCCUCAGUAGUAUAUCCGCUCCUCCAGCCCGGUCUGCUGCUCUCAGACGCACCGGUCGCCGACAGCCCCGCUCCUCCGUGUACUGACGGGCGGAGCUGUCUCUGUCUGUCCAGGAAUGAGAAAUGAUGGCCGGCUCUGCAGCAGAGGAGAAAACCUUCCGACGGUUCCUGGAGCUCUUCCUCCGGGAGAUGAGAAUGCCUCUGCAGGAGAGCGACCCGGUGCCGACGCGCCCCUUGUCGGACCUGGUGACCGAGGACGAGGUGGAGGGGGAAUGCCUCGACCUGUGUCUCCAGUUCCUCUACAAAUAUAACUGUCCGUGCUCCCUGGCUGCAGCCCUGGCCAGAGCCACAGCAGACAGCAUGCUGCAGACUGACCUCUCCAUCCAUCACCUCAAUAAGACUGUAGAAGAUGGAGCUGACCCAUUACCACAGAUGGAGUCUGUGAAGUUCGCCCGGCUGGUGUUUAACAGACUGUUUGAGAUGUGCUGCCUCUGGAUGAAGGAGAUGCCCUUCCGCCGCCGUCCACAGCCAUACUACGAAACCUCCAUCCACGCCAUCAAGAACAUGAGGCGCAAGAUGGAGGACAAGCACGUCAUCAUCCCUGACUUCAACACACUCUUCAACCUUCAGGAUCUGGAAGAACAGGCUUUCUUUGCUGUGUUUGAUGGGCAUGGCGGUGUGGACGCUGCUAUUUACGCCGCCAACCAUCUCCACGUCAACUUGGUGCAUCAGGAAUCCUUCAGCCAGGACCCCUCAGAGGCCCUCUGCAGAGCCUUCAAACUCACUGAUGAACGCUUUGUGAAGAAGGCCUCACGAGAGCACCUGCGUUGUGGCACAACAGGCGUGGUGACGUUCCUGCGGGGUCGGACGUUGUACGUGGCCUGGCUGGGAGACUCCCAGGUCAUUCUGGUCAGGAAAGGACAGGUUGUGGAGCUGAUGAAACCACAUAAACCAGACAGAGAGGAUGAGAAGCAGAGGAUCGAAGCUCUGGGAGGCUGUGUGAUCUGGUUCGGCACAUGGAGGGUUAAUGGCAGUCUGUCUGUAUCCAGAGCAAUAGGCGACUCGGAGCACAAGCCCUACAUCUGUGGUGAUGCAGACCAUGGUAUCUUCCCACUGGAUGGCUCAGAAGACUACCUGAUUCUGGCCUGUGAUGGCUUCUGGGACACAGUGAGUCCAGAUGAGGCGGUGCGGGUGGUCAGCGACCACCUCCAGGAGAACACUGGAGAUACCACCAUGGUGGCCCACAAGUUGGUGGCCUCAGCCCGAGAUGCGGGCUCUAGUGAUAACAUCACUGUCAUAGUGGUCUUCCUGCGGGACCCACGCUCCCCACCACCCACCAGCACUGAGGACGAUGAGGAGGGCGUGGUGGAGGGAGAAGUGGAGGAAGAGCAGGUAGCAGAGGUGGAAGAGGAGGAACAGGAAGAGGAAGAGGAGGAGGAAGAGGCAGUCAGGGUAGAACGUGAUGGUGGAGAGGGAGGCAGCAAUGCGGACAUCGGGGGGAAAAGUCGCGGCGGCUGGCCCCUGCAGCAGUGCUCGGCCCCCGCUGACCUUGGCUAUGAAGACCGAACGGACUCGUUCACGGACAGAACUAGCCUCAGCCUUCUGGGGCCGUCGCUGGAGGGCCGCAUCUCCCUGACCCAGGGCUCACGGCAGCCCUGCUCCAACUUUAGCCCCGACCUCUUCAAAGCCUCCCACAUCUACCAAGAGAAACACCCACUGAGGCGCAGGUCCUGUAUCCCUUUUCAGGAGUCCAGCAUUGCUGGCUUCACGGACCCACUGUGGCCCCAGACAGCCGUGCUGUUCGGCCAGGCAGUGAGGCGAAGCCGCAGGCUUGGAUAUGGUAGUCGCCGGUGGAGCCGGAGGUGGCCAGGCAGAUCUAGGGAGAUGCUAGGCCUGUUACCGUCUGGCCACUUGCUGCCCCACACGCAGCGCUACUCCAACUGGAGGCCUGGAGUGGCAGUGCCUCAACUGCCCCACGAUGCCACCAUCUGAAGAGGUGACCCAAACCAAACCAUCUCCAUUUAUUCAGUCCUGCUCCCUGCCCCUCAGCCCACCCACCCACCUCUGCCUUCAACAACACGUCUUUCUUUGAUAGUAGGUAGUUGUGGCUCCCGCAGUUGUUACGUGAUUAUUGAAUCUCUGUUGGAAGAGUGGUGCUCUCUGUCCUAAGCUGAAAUGUUUCCAAAUGUAAGCUGGCCCACUAAACACAAGCCCCACUCCUUAAUGCUGUAGGUAAAGCGCAAAGCUGCAUCCUCUCCCUUGUGACCAUUGAUCAGUCAAUAUGAAGCCAUAGCUGGAGAUGUAGGUUGAUCAAAUGUGUUCAGACUGAACAAGAAAUUAAUUUAGACAAGAACAGACACAGUUUGCUGUAGGCAGUGCAAAAAACAUUUUAAAAAAAGUUGUCUCUUAUGUUAAGUUGAGUGAUUCCACUUCAUGAAUGGGGAAAAGGGAGACCGUUUAGAAGCAAAUAAAAGAAUAAUAAUUUAGAAGAAAAAUAAUUUUAAAAUCAGUGCCUGGACUCUGAGCUGCCACAAACACACAAGUACAACUACACACGCUUUCCGCGUGUGUGUCAUUAGAUAGCUGGAGCUGAAGUCUGUGUUGGACAGACUCCUCUCUUUCACUCCAGCGCUAAACUUAUUGUAUAUAAAAUGAGUUCACUUUACAUUCAGUCUGAACACAAUUUAUUUACACAGUUUAAUUUAUGCUUGGUCGCUCCACACCCUUGGCAGUGUCUCUAGAAAGAAAUUAUGAAUUUUGGACAAGAAAAAGUGUUGUAGGACAUAUUUGUUGCUCAUGGGUACAUGCAGAAAGAAAAAAAAUUGAACCUCGAUAUGUGCACGGAGGGCAUCAUGUUCAAACUAACAAGCUGAUCGAUACAGGACUUAUUAGGGCAGCCAAUAUCAAUAUUUGAGAGUUAGAUAAUCCAAUAAUAACAUAUUGUUUUUUAAGAUGACUCAAAUGUUUGAUAAGGAUCCCUUGAAUUGCAAUAAGGAUAUUUACUAGGUGGAACAUGUAAUAGGGACACUGUUUCCAAAACCUCAAACAUGUUUUUGGCAUUCUUUACUGCAAUUUCUUGUUACAUAUUGUGCAAUACAUGUGCCACCGCCUAGAUAUUUUUUUCUAACCUAAUAUUAGUGGAAAAUAUUGGACAUGUUGAUGAAUCAGCCGGGCUCCAGUUGAAACCGUACCUUCCGCAAACUGUUGCCACAAAGUUGUCUUGUCUAAAAUAUCAAUGUUACUGUAGCAAUAACAUUUCCCCUCAUAAGAACUAAGGGACCAAAUUAUGAAAAACAACCCCAAUCAUCAUUUAAAUGAGCCAUUUAUACAUAUUUAUUUUGUACAUCCAAGAGAACAAGGACAGCUUUCUAGUCAUACCAGCACAGUGAAAGAGGCGGACUGUGUGAUCAGUCCACUUCUCUUUUCUUUCUAUUUAAUGUCACCCAGGUGCGAACGCAGGGUGAGGUGACACAUCUUAUGUCUUGAGACAGCUGUCGAGAAUGUCGAGCAACUGAGCAUUAAAUUAAGCUCCAAUGGCCUAGCUUGCCUCUUUGUCCCUUCAGGAAUCCUUUGGUGGCAGAUGAAUAAAGUUCAGCCAGAACAAUUGUUGCUCCUGCUCUCUGGGACUGAAGGCACAUGUUGUUCUGCCCCCUCUCAUACAGUCAAUGACCCAGCCAUUAUCCUUCCACAGUUUGUCUAUGGAUAAAAGCACUAAACACCAGAUUAUAAAAGAUUAGCAGUCACUUACCUGAAUAAAUGCUUCAU